GCAUGCCGGUUAGAAAUCUGUCCGACUUGCUGUGAUGUCAUGGUGACGUAUGCCAAAAAAGUCUCGUGAGAGCGAGGCACGCGCAGUUAAGUUUUUCCUGCUGCAAACUGCAAUCAUAUGGGCUGCGUGCCAUUUCAAAUUUUAUCCGCUUCCCUUGCAAACUUCACUCCGUCUCAUGGACUCGGAUGUACGUCACUGCUUACAUUGUGCGAGUGUCCACUACUGGCGGAAGACGUGCAAUGGGUUUAACUUUAACCACCUUUAAACACCUUUAACCCUUGAUCACUUGGAGCAUGUUCGGACGGUCAGAAUCAAGGGGUUGAAGGUCUGUCAAUAGAAACUUCCCUCGAUCACUGAACGAAGUGGAACAGACUUCAAAAUGGAGGCAGAGAUUCCCCCGAGGGGAAGUGCUUAGGGGGGAGUUAGCGAGUGGAUGUUUAAAGUGAAGUGGAACACAUUCCCGGAGCGUGAAAAAGCUCUGGUGUCGUGAUCAUGAUGUAACGUUUAAGCACGCAUGCGCGCUAAACUAUCCUGUGCUGAUGCAAGAAGAUAUGUGAAGAGAAGCUGUGUGAUCGAGAUUAAACAGACCGAAACCAUUUUUGGACAAAGCCAUCAUGUCAGAAGACGAGAUUUUAUUCGACCCUACAACAACAAAGAAGAAAAAGAAGAAGAAGAAGCCCUUUAUGCUGGAUGAGGAUGGAGAUGGUCUUGGAGAAGAGGUGCAACAGACUGAAAGGCGUGAAAUUGAGCCUGAAGCAGCAGAGGAGCGAGAAAUGGAGCCUGAAGAUGAUGAAGUCAAGAAAAGAGAGCCUUCGGAUGAUUUAGAUGAUCUGAACUUCUUUAAUCAGAAGAAAAAGAAGAAGAAACCAAAGAAAGUGUUUGACAAUGACAUUGAAGAGGGCAUGAAGGAGCUGAAAAUUGAGGGAGACCAGCAGGAAAUGGUUGAGGAUGAUGAUAUGGACCUGAUGCUGCCAGCUAAGAAAAAGAAAGCAAAAAAAGUGGAAUUUGUUGAGGAAUGUGACGCUGUGGAAAAGGAUGAUGUCAUCGAUGAUGAUAAAAACACAGAUGGAAUCAUGUUCAGCUCACAGUUGGGCCCAGCAUGGGCAGGGUCAGAGAGAGACUACACGUAUGAUGAGUUGUUGAGCCGGGUGUUUAACAUCAUGAGGGAGAAGAACCCUGAUAUGGUUGCCGGUGAGAAGAGGAAGUUUGUGAUGAAGCCUCCUCAGGUGGUCCGAGUUGGGACCAAGAAAACAUCUUUUGUCAACUUCACUGACAUUUGCAAACUGUUGCAUCGACAGCCCAAACAUCUUUUGGCGUUCCUGUUAGCUGAGUUAGGAACGAGUGGUUCUAUAGAUGGAAACAACCAGCUUGUGAUCAGAGGACGUUUUCAACAGAAACAAAUAGAGAAUGUUUUGAGAAGAUAUAUAAAGGAAUAUGUGACUUGUCAUACCUGCCGCUCACCAGAUACAAUCCUGCAGAAGGACACGCGUCUCUAUUUCCUUCAGUGUGAAACCUGUCACUCCCGUUGCUCUGUAGCGAGCAUCAAGACUGGCUUCCAGGCUGUCACCGGCAAAAGAGCCCAGCUUCGAGCCAAAGCCAGCUAAUAUGACCACCCUGUUCUGGCCUCUUAACCAACAUGAAUGCUCUGCCCCUCUGGUUGGCAACUAAAGCCACAAUCCAUCAUUGCUGCUCUCCUCUGAAGCAGGGUGGACUGGUCUGUGGAAGAUUUCGAACUGGUGUAAUUUUUGUUGAUACAUUUUUGACAUGAAACUAGAGGGCUGUAGCAAACAGACUGCUUGGUCUGUUUAUCAACUUACCUCCUUCCUCCAGAAAUAUUAUGCAUUUUAUGUUUUUUUUUUUUUUUUUUUUUUUCAUUAAUUAGGCAUAUUGUAUAACCUGAGCAGAUUACUGUUUAUUUGUGUAAAUAUUAUUCUCGGUAGCACUUAUUUUUCAGAGAAAAAUGCAAGAAUGUUAUUAGAUGAUAAAUGGACAACAAUUUCCUUUUAUUUAUUUAUAUAUAUUAAAAAAAAAAGAAGAGAAAAAAAGUAUUUUCAAAGAUCUCCAAGUCUCUUAAAUUAUUUUUUGUAGGACAGUCAUUGCACGGCCUCUGUGACAUGAAAAAGAGGUUGGAUCUCAGUCUCGCAGCGUGUUUGGAGAUUCAACCAGCAGAAGUGUGACUUUGGAUCUCCUCUAAAUAAUAAAAAACGAAAACACUGUUUUUAUAAAAACAUUUUUAAAAAAAAUACAGAAAAAGUACAAAUUAUGUUGUUUGCUUUGGUAGAACAUUAGGCAGCAGAUGUUUGAGUGUGUUCAACAGUGCUUAGAUUGAAACAAAGGCUUUUUGUUGGCAUAUUUUAAAGAGUUUACUAAUAUAUAUAUAUAUAUAUUAGUGCAGUUAUCAGGGUUCCCACGUGUCCUGGAAAACCUGUAAUUUUGCUUCGCAGUUUUCAAGUCAUGGAAAACUUAUGGAAGAAAUUAGAAAAAUACCUAAAUGUCCUGGAAAAUUAUUUAUCCUGAAAAAUAUUUUAUUAUAAUAAAACUGUUUGACUGUUGCUUACAAGGGGUUUUCUUGCAUGCACAAAAUGAUAGGUGUCAAAUACACAAAUUUGUGUAGUUUUAUCAGAACAGGAGUCAUGAACAAACGAGUCCACGCGAGAAAUUGAGUCCCCAUCUGACAUAGCGAUUCAGUUGGCUCAUAGAAUUUCAAUAGGUACUCUAUUCACUGCCUGACUAGAUAUCCUACACAAUCCCUUUAUGAUGAAUGUCUACAUAACUUUUGUAAAUACAACAUAUAAUGACUUUCAUAUGUUACACAUAAUUCUACAUAACCAAAGCUAUAGAUUGUGACAUUAAAAAUGUCUUGUUCUGUGUUUUUCAGUUAGCUUACAAUUCGCAAGCUAUCCGCUUCAGAAUUACUGAACCGCAAUGUUACAAAAUAUGACAUAUUUACACACCUUAAUCUUGUAUGCACGCCAGCAAUUAUGAGGGGGGAAAAGUGUCCUGAGAAGAUUUGUGUAUGUUUAAGAACAUUUUGGUAAAACCAACUUUCCUAAAACGUCUUGAAUGCAUUAAUGUUUUUUAAUUAAAAAUGUUCAUUAUG